ACGCACUACUGCACCCAUAUCACACCCAUGGCGGCGGCUAGGCUCUCCUUGCUCGUGCUCCUCGCCCUCGCCCUCGUCCUCCCGGCGUCCGGCGCCGAACCCGGCGGCGGCGCGUUCAACGUCACGGAGAUCCUCGGCCGGUUCCCGGAGUUCAGCCUGUUCAACCUCCUGCUCGGCAAGGCGCACGUCGACCGCGACAUCAACAGCCGCAACGCGGUGACGGUGCUCGUGCCGGACAACUCCGCCGUGGACUGGCUCCUCCGCCGCAGCGCCAGGCUGCCGCGGGCGGCGCUGGUGGAGCUCCUCUCCGUCCACGUCGUGCUCGACUACAUCGACGCCGCGAAGCUGGCCAAGCUGCCGCGGGGCCGCCCCACCGUGUCCACCACGCUGUUCCAGACCACCGGGAAGGCGGCGCGCCGCACGGGGUUCCUGGCCAUCACGCCGACGGCCAGGGGCGGCGCCGUGUUCGCCUCCGCCGCGCCCGGCGCGCUGGUGAACGCGACGUUCAAGAAGGCGGUCACCGCGGUGCCGUACAACAUCUCGGUGCUGGAGAUCAGCAACUUCGUCGUGCCGCCGGGCGUCAUCACCAGGCCACGGAUGCCGCCGCCGUCGCCGAGGAUGAAGCCCACGUCGAUCGCGCCAAGCCCCGCGCCGGUGCCGGCCCCGACGAGGGUGCUGCCGACCUUGCCGAGCUCGCCGCUUACAGAUCCCGCAGACGAGGAAGCCGACGAGGCACCGGCCACCGCGCCGGCGCCGUCGCAUGGACACUCAGUGAAGGUGAUGAGUUGGUGGUCAGGCCUCGGUGUGGCCGUGGGGAUGGCAUGCAUGUUCGGUUAUUUAUAGGUCACCUAAUUAAUCUAUUCUUAUUUACCGGUUACGUUAUAUUACCUAUAAUUUAUAGGUGCAUCCAUCAUAUGUUUUUAGCCCAUCUCAUCGUCUUAGUUGAAUUUGCAAAAACGAAGUUCAUUUUUCUCUCAUUUUUGUUGUCCCCUUAGAUGAAUAUGAAAAACAUUAAAGAUAUAUGUUUCUCCCAUUUUUGCCAGAGAAAAUAAUUAAAUUUGCAUCUGUCUCUGUUGCUAUUGUGUUCUU